AUGAAGAUUCAAAGCGAGGCCACGAGAGUCUUGCAGCUGACCUCUCAGUUGCUCAAGGCCGGCGUCAUCAAGCAAAAGCCCGCUUGGUUUGAUAUCGUUGCCGCAAACCCUCCUUCCUUGGAUCUCACCAAGAAACCAAAGAGUCUCCAAAACCAACAGAAGGAUGACCCCAUGAACUCCUUGUUUUCUAAGAGAAAGAAUGUAUUCUACAAAACAAGAUAUACCAAGGAAGAUAUUAGACAGAAGAACAACUCCACGAUACGUAUUCCAAAGUUGGAGUUUGUUGAAGACAAGUUGAGAGAUGUGUUCUACCACCAACAUCCAUGGGAGUUCUCCAGACCCAAGGAUAUUGUGGAAAACAAGGGCACUGAGAUGGAGAAGUGCGACUGGUCGCACAUGCUUCAGUUGCACAAGCCAUUGGACGGUGAGAGUGUUGUGCAAAGAACAAUGUGGCUUUUGAAAGAGAGCAAGGAGAGUGGAAAGAAGCAGACCCUUUUUGAAGCCUAUGACCAGGCCCGUUUUGAGUUCUACCAGCUCAGAAUGGCCGAGGAGACCGAGGCCGCUGUCACUCGUGAAGAAGCCACCAUGUUUGGUUGCGUCUACCCUACCACAUACUUCGCCAGAGGUGUUGAGAAGGAGCAGCCACAUGUUGACAGAUGGGCUAAGUUGGCCGAGGAACAGACCCAAUACCUCAACGCUGCCAGAAACAAUGUUUCUGCUAGCGUGGGCUCUGAUGCCUCCGAAGAAUUGUCCUCUAUCUGGGACCUUGGCUUGAGCCAGGAUGGUGCGGCUGAGACAGAACAGUCAUUGUAA